AUGGCACUCCCUGGAUUUCAUAAUAGUCAGGAACGAGAUAAAUCUUACGAAGAAGUGUUUAGGAGGUUGGAUCUUAAUGAUAAUGGAAAAAUUGAUUUUAAGACACUUAAGAAGGCUUUCGAAAAUACCGAUCAUCCUCUGAAGAAUAAUGAGGAGGCAAUGCAAUUUUUGUUUGCUGCCAUGGAUGGAAAUCAUGAUGGAAUAGUGGAUUUGGAAGAUUUCAAAAAAUAUGCUAGCAUAGCCGAGGGACAAAUUGAAAAGGGUUUUCAAAGGAUUGAUGUGGAUAAUGAUGGUAUGAUUAGGGCUUCUGACGUCUCUAAAUACCUCUCCACUUUAGCAAAGAAGGAAGCAGCUUCUAAUGAUACUAAAAAAGUUAAUUCACCAGUAGCGACAAAAUUUAAUAAGUUUAUUGAAUGGGCAUUUCAUAAGGAUCAAAAAUCACAGGAAUUAAGUAACAACUCAGCCUAUAUUAGCUACGACCAAUGGAGAGAUUUUUUACUUUUAAUGCCUCGAAAAAAAGGCUCCCGUUUGCAAACAGCAUAUUCGUACUUCUAUCUAUUCAAUGAAGAUGUCGAUUUAUCCUCUGAAGGUGAUAUGACGCUUAUCAAUGACUUUAUUAAGGGAUUUGGUUAUUUUAUUGCCGGUGGAUUAUCAGGAGUAAUAUCACGUACGUGUACGGCCCCAUUAGAUAGAAUUAAGGUAUUCUUGAUUGCAAGAACCGACCUCUCAUCUACUUUAUUGAAUUCCAAAGAUGCAUUAAUAGCUAAGAAUCCAAGGGCUAACUUAGCAAAAAUACGAUCACCUAUAAUAAAGGCCAUAAGAUCAUUAUAUAGACAAGGUGGGCUAAGAGCAUUUUAUGUUGGUAAUGGAUUAAGUGUAUUCAAGAUUUGUCCGGAAAGUUCAAUCAAAUUUGGUACAUUCGAAUUGGCUAAAAGACUAAUGGCAAAUUUGAGUGGUGAUAAGCUAGUUAAUGAUUUAUCUAAAUUGCAAACAUAUGUUGCUGGUGGGAUUGCUGGUGUGAUGGCACAGAUAUCAAUAUACCCAAUUGAUACUCUAAAAUUCAGAAUCCAGUGUGCACCCUUGGAAGGGAAUUUGAAGGGAAAUGCAUUGCUCAUUUCCACUGCCAAAGAGAUGUAUAAGGAGGGUGGAAUUCGUGUUUUUUACAGAGGGGUUUUACUUGGUGCAUUGGGAAUCUUCCCAUACGCUGCAUUAGAUCUUGGCACUUUUUCUGCUUUAAAAAAAUGGUAUAUCAAAAGGCAAUCCAAAAAACUCAAUAUUCCUGAAAAGGAUGUCAUGCUCAGUUACUUACUCGUGUUACCUAUGGGGGCUUUUAGCGGAACAGUAGGAGCUACUGCUGUAUAUCCAAUAAAUCUACUUAGAACAAGACUUCAAGCUCAAGGAACAUAUGCACAUCCUUACACAUACACAGGAUUUAGGGAUGUCUUUAUGCAGACCUUGAAAAGGGAAGGUGUGCCUGGUUUUUAUAAGGGAUUGGUGCCAACUUUGGUGAAGGUUUGCCCAGCAGUGUCGAUUGGAUAUUUGUGCUAUGAGAAGUUUAAAGCUGCUAUGAGUUUGGAAUAA